AUGCCAGAUGAGUACAAAAACCGCCAUGGCAGGGUUGAGCAAUAUCUGCAUUGGAAGAUCUGCAAACAUUUUUAUGUGAACACAUAUAGUUACUGGUACGAACACCACCCAGAAUCUGUUACAGAGGUUCAAGAUUUCACAAUCCUAUGGGACUAUCCAAUACACACUGAUCGCACGAUACAGGUCAAUCGUCCAGACAUAGUCAUUAAGGACAAGAAAAAUAACACAUGCCUUCUCAUAGACAUGAGUGUGCCAUCAGACAGAAAUGUUUCUUCAAAAGUGUAUGAAAAGCUUGCAAAAUAUAAGGAUUUAGAAAUCGAAAUUGAAAAGAUGUGGCACCUAAAAACUAAUACUAUCCCUGUUGUAAUUGGUGCAUUGGGCCUGAUAAAGAAAGGAACGAAUCAAUAUGUGGAGAAAAUACCUGGAGAUCCAUCACUACAGGAAAUUCAAAAAAUAGAACUGAACAGCACAGAGCAAUGA